AUGAGCGAACGAUUAGGGCAAAUUGGAAACACGGAAUCGAUGUCGAGUUCGUCAAGAACCAACAUCAGAAUAUGCUAUUGUGGAGAUAGGGCUGGUAUGUGGACAUCAUGGACUCGAAAGAAUCCAGGUCGAAGGUUUUUUGGUUGCCCAAAUUACAUGGAUGAAGAGAAGGACUGUGGGUAUUUUCGUUGGAUUGAGCCACCACUAUUGAAUAAGUGGUAUAAAGAAAGAAUGUAUGAAUUAGGAGUUUUUGCUAAUGGAGGUGUAGCUAUUUCUUUCAAUAACCCUGUUAAUGAAGGUGAAAUACCUAUUGAUGGCCCUAUUGCCCAUAUGAAUGUUGAUGUCCCUAUUUCCCCUGUGAAUGCUCUUGAACCUGAUAAUCAAAUUACAAUGCGUGAGAAUACACAUGUUCCUGGUAAUGAAUUUGCAUUCUGCAAGUGGAUGAUGGUUUGUUUCGUUUGUUUCAUUGUAGGGAUGAUGUAUGCUUAG